CCUCUUUUUUCCCCUUUCUCUCCUUCCUCCUCCCUCUUAAACCACAGAGUCAAAUAGCUCUAAUAGAGAUGAAGCUUGAUAGAUCCGCCCAGGUGUAGGUGAAAUGGUAGAGCCUCGGGGGUAAUAGAUGCUGCUCUCGCAGGCUGAAGUUUAGUGCUCUGUCCAGACCGGCUCUCCCGCAGCACUGAGACCGGCUGCUCCUCCUCGCACAGUUACAAAGUCAACACGCUUCUUGCUGCUCACGUUUGUGCCUAAUCCAGAGGGCAACCUGGAGCUAGGUAGGAGCCGCUGAUCAGACCUCUGACUCCAGCUCAAGGACAAAGGACCGCAGAUGCAGCAAUUUUAAAGCACAAUCCAUGGGACAGCCUGUAAGGUGUCAAAGGGAAGAAUCACCAAAGCAUGCCUUCACUUCUUCAGGAACUUAAAAUGUCCUGGUCCUUAAAAUAACAAGUUUCACUGACGAAAUGUAUCUUGGGCAGUAAAAACGUGAAAGAGUUUCCAGAUUGUUUGAACUUCUCUGGCCGCACAAUACAGGAAGGAAAGCUGCAGCAGCUCAGGGACCUCCAGCGUCUGCAGCAUGGGCUGGUUCACUAGAAUUGCCUGUCUUUUCUGGGGUGUAUUACUUACAGCGAGAGCAAACUAUGCAAACGGAAGGAACAAUGUGCCAAGAUUGAAAUUAUCGUACAAAGAAAUGUUGGAAUCCAACAAUGUGAUCACCUUCAAUGGCUUGUCCAACAGCUCCAGUUAUCAUACUUUCCUUCUGGAUGAGGAGCGGAGUAGGCUGUAUGUUGGAGCAAAGGAUCAUAUAUUUUCGUUCAAUUUGGUGAAUAUUAAAGACUUUCAAAAGAUUGUGUGGCCAGUGUCUUAUACUAGGAGAGAUGAAUGCAAAUGGGCGGGGAAAGAUAUCCAGAAAGAAUGUGCUAAUUUCAUCAAGGUCCUUAAGGCUUACAAUCAGACUCACUUGUACGCCUGUGGAACUGGGGCUUUUCAUCCAAUUUGCACCUAUAUUGAAGUUGGACACCAUCCUGAGGACAACAUUUUUAAACUGCAUGACUCACAUUUUGAAAAUGGUCGUGGGAAGAGUCCUUAUGACCCCAAACUCCUGACAGCUUCUCUUCUAAUAGAUGGCGAGUUAUACUCUGGAACUGCUGCAGAUUUCAUGGGACGAGACUUUGCUAUCUUUAGAACACUAGGCCACCAUCACCCUAUCAGGACCGAGCAGCAUGACUCCCGGUGGCUCAAUGAUCCUAGAUUCAUCAGUGCCCAUCUCAUCCCAGAGAGUGACAACCCUGAAGAUGACAAAGUGUACUUUUUCUUCCGAGAAAAUGCCAUAGACGGAGAACAUUCUGGAAAAGCUACUCAUGCUAGAAUAGGUCAGAUAUGCAAGAAUGACUUUGGAGGACACAGAAGUCUUGUGAAUAAAUGGACGACGUUUCUGAAAGCACGCCUGAUUUGUUCAGUGCCGGGUCCAAACGGCAUUGACACCCAUUUUGAUGAAUUGCAGGAUGUAUUUCUAAUGAACUCCAAAGAUCCUAAAAAUCCAAUUGUCUACGGAGUGUUUACAACGUCAAGCAACAUAUUCAAGGGAUCUGCUGUGUGUAUGUACAGCAUGAGCGAUGUAAGAAGGGUGUUCCUUGGUCCAUAUGCUCACAGAGAUGGUCCCAACUAUCAGUGGGUACCUUAUCAAGGAAGAGUUCCCUACCCACGGCCGGGAACUUGUCCCAGUAAAACAUUUGGUGGAUUCGACUCCACAAAGGACCUUCCUGAUGACGUCAUAACCUUUGCAAGAAGUCAUCCAGCCAUGUAUAACCCAGUGUUCCCCAUUAAUAACCGCCCAAUAAUGAUCAAAACAGAUGUUAAUUAUCAGUUCACACAAAUAGUCGUGGACCGUGUGGAUGCAGAAGAUGGCCAGUAUGACGUCAUGUUCAUCGGGACAGAUGUUGGAACUGUUCUUAAAGUGGUUUCUGUCCCCAAGGAGACGUGGCAUGACUUAGAAGAGGUUCUUCUGGAAGAAAUGACAGUCUUCAGGGAACCAACAACAAUUUCAGCAAUGGAGCUCUCUACUAAACAGCAACAGCUGUACAUUGGUUCAACUGCUGGGGUCGCGCAGCUUCCUCUGCAUCGCUGUGACGUUUAUGGCAAAGCCUGUGCAGAAUGCUGCCUUGCCCGGGACCCCUACUGUGCGUGGGAUGGGUCAUCAUGCUCGCGCUAUUUUCCUACUGCAAAGAGACGCACAAGACGACAGGAUAUAAGAAACGGAGAUCCGCUGACGCACUGCUCGGACUUACAGCAUCACGAUAAUCACCAUGGGCACAGCCUUGAAGAGAGAAUCAUCUAUGGAGUAGAAAAUAGUAGCACGUUCUUGGAAUGCAGUCCAAAGUCCCAGAGAGCAUUGGUAUAUUGGCAGUUUCAGAAGAGAAAUGAAGAUCGAAAAGAAGAGGUCAGAGUGGGUGAUCACAUCAUCAGGACAGAACAAGGGCUCCUGCUCCGAAGUCUGCAAAAGAAGGAUUCGGGCAAUUACUUGUGUCACGCUGUAGAGCACGGAUUCAUGCAAACCCUUCUCAAGGUGACCCUGGAAGUCAUCGACACCGAACAUUUGGAAGAGCUGCUUCAUAAGGAUGAGGACGGAGACGGCUCUAAGACCAAAGAAGUGUCCAACAGCAUGACACCCAGCCAGAAGGUCUGGUACAGAGACUUCAUGCAGCUCCUCAACCACCCCAACCUAAACACGAUGGAUGAGUUCUGUGAACAAGUGUGGAAAAGGGACCGAAAGCACCGCCGGCAGAGGCCAGGACACUCUCAAGGGAACAGCAACAAGUGGAAGCACAUGCAGGAGAGCAAGAAAGGUAGAAACCGGAGGACCCACGAAUUUGAGAGGGCACCCAGAAGUGUCUGAGCCGCGCUGUCUCCCAAAACCUCAAACAAGUACAAACUUGCUUAGAUAAUAACUGGAAAAAAAAUGCAAUACACAUGAACAUUUUCACGGCACUGUGAGGAUGUUUACAAUGGUGGGAAGUUCAACUGGGUUCCACCGAUUUAAAUUAAGUCCAUGAGGAACUUUCCCAAAAGGCUUUCUUCAGAUUAUCAACACCUGACAGAGAUCUCAGGUGAGCCAGCGUAGAUACUCAAGCCAGCGGACUUACUGUUUCUUCUGAGGGUUCUUUUGCUUUCUUCUUUGCCUGAGAAAUAAAAAAUAAUAAUAAAAUCAAUAAAUAAAUAAAAAGUCACUUGCCGUAUUGCCAUUGAAAGGAGAAAAACUGCAUCAGCAAAGCCAUUUUACUGAAGCGAGGGUUGAAAAUGAACUGCAUGGAUUUAGUACGCAGACGAAUAUUCCAAAACGUGAUUGGAUUCAAGGAUGUUUUGUCUACCAGAGCUAGUGUUUGUAUGUACCGGAGGAGUUAAAUAAGGAAAAUGAAACUGAGUGAAAUAGUCUGUGGAAAUGUAAAAACGAACCACCCAUCAUCCAGAAGAGCAAUGGAACACACUGAUCUACUACUGACGUCUUCUUUCAGCUUUGAUCUAAAGAUGUAUUUUAUUAAAACUAUAAUUUAAAUGUACAAUGACAAAUAUGCAGUAAAAAGUAGCUGUUUUCUAAGCUAGAGUAGGUUUUUGUCUUGCAGUUAUGCUAUAUAAUUUGUUUUAAAAUUCCAACUGUGUGCUGCUUUUUUUUCACAUUUUUUUCAGUGUGUAAGAGUUAGUAUAUUACUUUAGUUACAUUAUUCAUCGUUAACUGUUAAUUAUUGACUCCAAGAUAUGAAUUAUGUUUUUCCCUUUGAGGAAGUCAAACAAAAAGUAUCACCCCUACUUUUAAAGGUAUUAUCUAAGUUAACUCUGACUUGCAUAAUGCUUUUAGCCAACCAAAAAUUUAAGACAGCACAAAAGAGAACAUGCAUUAGAUGCGUUCUGAAGGAUCAAGAAGAAAAAUAAAUAAAUAAAUAAAAGAACUGUGUACCUCAUGAAAAUAGCAUUGUCUUAACAUAGUAUUAAUAAAAUGUCUCUUCAUUCUGUGCUUGAAUAUUUUGCAUGAUCACUAAGACAUGGGACUCUCCUGAUUCCACAUUCCUUUAGGGAUUCUGCUAUCAUUCAUGUAAUGAUUUCUGAAAGAGAGAGAGAGAGAUCAGUGACAUUCAGAACGUGGUUUACCAACAAAAUGACACAUUUCUAAACCAUUUCUUUAUGGAUCAGCUAAAUUUGUCUCCACCCUAUAAAAUUUAAUUAUUUGCAUAAAGAACUUAAAUGUUUUCAACUCAAUGAGAGUGAAUUUAUAAACCGUUUUCAGAUCACACACCUCACUUAGGAAAUGCAAAUCUCUUUGUUUAAUGAGCAAAGUAUAACACAAAAUAAUUCAGAAAAUACCUCAUUUGUUGGUUGAAGAUGAUUUCCUGAGAAUCACUGAGUUAAAAACGGUUAAGACUUUCUGCAUUAUAAAACAUUUCAUUGGCACUACACUCAAACACUUCAAGAACCCCUCCUUAGGUCUUCCAGCAUGCACAGAAAUGCAAAGGAUGCAUCUUCUUGCUAAUUAAUGACGUGUCAUUGAUAUUUUAACUCUAGUUGUCUCAGGAUUCUAAUUAACUCAGCAUUAAUUUGUCACCUUAACUACACAAAAUUGUUAUUCCCUCUCUACUGAAAUAUGUCACAGAUGGAAGCUUCUGUUUCAGUUUUAAUUAUUAUUUAAAUAAACAAUUUGUUGAUACAUCUUUCAAAUAGCCUAAGAUUUUUCUACAUCCAAUUUUAGGCUUCUUUACUACCCUGGUGUUGUUUUUGGAAGUACAUCCUCAAAGGCAAGCUGAGUUGAUGAAUUAUUUGAAGAUCAAACUUCUGAACAGAGAAUAGUGUCAGAAAUAUUAAGUCAAAGAAAGAUGUGUGCUCCAAAUAAGCCAUCCUCUCAUUUUCAUAGGGUCUGAACUGUCCAAAAAUUUGAUGCUAUGUUUCAUUCUAAAUUUGCAGCUGAAACAAGUUUAUUUGCAAUUGCAUAACUCACCCAUUUUUUUUCUUAGCUCUUAACAAUAAAGAACAUAAAUGAAUGAAGACUGUAUGAUAACUUCAUGGAUGCCUUCCAAAAUCUGAAUGCAUUUUGUUUAGCACUAUGAAAUAGCAAUAGAAAAAAAAAACAUUUAGGUUAUGAUUAAAAGUGUUACAAACAAACAAAUAUAUUGACAUGUCUUGAUCAAUUAUCACAUCUAAGUUUUCAAAGAAAGUUAUUGAUGUAACUUGCAAAUAAAUAAAUCCUGUGACAGUCAUCAGCUGCCAGUGUAUAUUAAGAGAGGGCAGUCUGCAUGAAGAGGAAUGAAUGUCCCAUUUACUAAUUAAUUUAGAUGGACUUUGGCAUAUGCAUGCAUCAUCACAGGUGAGACCUGCUCAAGAAAUGCAUGUGACUUUAAGCAAAGUACCACAGCAGUCUUAAGAUACUUUCAAAAUGAAAAGAAAAGACACAUCACAAUGGAAAGAUCAGGCCCCACUGAUAGCAAUUGUAGAGUAUAAAUGCAUGCAGAUGCACACUUACUGCUUCUUUUAUGUAUGAUUUAGUGAUUUAUAAUGCUAUGUGUUCAAUAUUUUUGCUACCUACACGUUAGGCAAAGAGGUGUAAAUAAGUCUGAAAAGGUUAGGAAGAACAUUGUAAAAUACAAGCUUCUAUAAAUGUUCCAUUUCGCUGUGUUCAACGUCAUCCUUGAGUGCAAGAUUCCCCAUACAAGUGACAAGGUGGCUUAUGUACUACUUGAGGGCAGAGAGUGUGUGCCCCACCAUGAGCAUGCUUUUUGCCAGGUCGUAAAUGUUCCAUAUCUGUACUUAUCAUUGCAUUUCAGAUGGCAUCUAGAAAACUGGAGAGAAAAAUGUAAUGGUAUCGCUGCUGUAAAUUAUUCCUUUUUAGCAUGUAUUCAGUUGCUAAAUAUACAUUUCUUCAAAAUAUCUGAAUUCAGAUGUCUUUACUGUUCCCUGUGGCAUAUGGUAUUGAGGAGAGUGAGCUUCGGAACUUUCGAGAACCAGAGUCAGGGAGCUGCGUAAUUAGCUAACAGAUGUCUUCAUUGUAGUAAUGUGUAAACUGUAUACUAUAUUCAUAGUGAUGAUGUGAAUUUCUGUGCCCUUUAAAUUAAAUACUGUUCUCUUUAUGUCAUACCUGGAAAGAAAACACGGGGAUUAAAAUCAUAAUUGCAGAUCAUUACAGAUGCCAGACAAAAGGCAUAGGGCAAGCCUGUCCUGAAGCUCUUGGGAAAGCAUUGUGUCUAUGUGGAUUUAUUAGUGUAAUGUUUUCAAGCCUUUCUCUUAGGGGUUGCUUUUUGAAAUGCAAUUUUGAUUUACUGAAAGCCUUUCAGGGCUUUUGGCUUCAAAGACAUAUUUGACAAACCAUGACUUAACACUAUCAUGUAACAACAAGAUAGCUAUAGACUAGUCGAAUGCCAAAGAAUCCAUGCUUUUCAUUUUAACUUGGCAAUAAUUAUUUAAGGUCAAUGUUAAUGUUUGCAGUAUUUCUCUCCUUAAGGGAAAAAAAAAAAACAUUAUUUUCAAAAAUAAGCAAAUCCUAUUAUUUUGUUUUAUUUUUAAAACUUCCCUAUACUAGUUAAUUAAGGAAUCACACAUUUGUACAUUAACAAUUAAAGACAAACCCAAAAUCAAAAAGAGAAGGAUGAUGCAGAAAUGGGUUUUCUUAUAACUGGUCAACUAUCCUGAUCAACCUAACCAAAGAAAACUCUUACUUGUUCAUGUCAAACGCUCAAUGGCACAGACCCAGGCACAAAUAAAACCAAACCAAAGUGGGACGAUUUUUAAGUUAAGAUAUUGGGAGCCAGAUGGGACAGCACUGUCCUGUAAUCUCAAAAACGAGGAGGAGGCAAGAGGAUGGGGACUUGGAAGCCCACCAGGGCUAACUAAUGGGCCGCCACGUCAAAGAAACAACCAAACUACUAAAAAGGAAACAAAGAAUAUCUUUGAGACAAAAACUAGACUUCUCCCUGUUCACAUCUUGUGGACAGGUCAUGACUGUGAACUUGUGAGGGGUUGUGAUGCUGAGAAGAGGCGUGGCCCUAUUUUCACAGCGCAAGUUGUCAUUGCCACAUGUGAGAAGGCGUUUUCUCUCACAGCUAGCCUUGGACCACGGCCAUAAAGCCCCCUUAAAACUGUGCACUGCUCACGCUUUGCAUAGUGCACUUGCCAGCGUGGUGUGACUUACCUGCUACGCACAGAUAACUGAGAGCUCCUUCAAGGGAAGGGCUUUGUUAUGUUUGUGACGUGGUCUCUUGGAGCUCAGGCUGCCCUUGAAUUCACUAUGUAGCUGAGAGGAUGAUCUUGAAUUGGAUCAGCCUGACUCCACCUCCUGGGUGCUCCAGUUACAGACAGGCGUCACCACAGCUAGCAGGAUUUGUGUCCAGUUGGUUUUCCCUCUGCUGCCUUGUAUGAUGCCAGGUAAAAAUAGAGCUCAGCAAGUCAGUGCUGAGAGGAACCAGGUUGCGAUUUGCUAGGUGCCAAUUUUAAGAUCCGAACAUAAAUGCUGUUAUUUUGAAAUGAGAUGGGGGUGGGGGAUUAAAGCUUGAGGAGAGAUCUGAAGGGUUUCAGAGAGUAGGUGGCAUGUAAACUACAACUUGAACUAUCCAUUAGAUUUUCCUAGAAGAAGAAACAGAAACACCCCUGGGUAGAAGAAAUACAACUAAGGAACUAAGGAAGGAAGAAAGAAAAACUACUACUUUUUUUCCCAGAGAAGUAUUCCAAAUGAAUGGAGUGUGGUGUUUCUUACCAUAAAAAAAAAAAAAAAAUCAACCAAACAAA